GACUGGGUACUACACUCCAGGAUAAGACACCGUAUCUAGGGGAGCUACAGGACGGAAGUCGGCAACUGCUUUGCCUCCCUCGGACGAUGGCCGCCGCCGCCGCUGCUACGUUCCGCUCACUCCUCCACGGCAUCCCAUCCUUUCCAUACCGCUCUCCCUCCGUCGCCGCUAUCCUUCCCGAAACCAAACUUAUCCCGGUAAAACCCCCCCUCAGAGCCAUCCUCCGCCUCCCUCUGCUCGCCCAGCACCGCUUCCUCCACGGCUCCGCCGCCACCUCCGCCGCUGCGGCGUACACCGACACUGACGGCUAUGAACCGGACGCCGGUGAGGAAGGGGAAGAAGGCGAAGACGAGGAGCAGCAGCCUCCGGCGACCAAGUCAGUGCCACCCCAGGCCGCGGCGCGCCUGUACGUCGGCAACCUCCCCUUCUCCAUGACCCCGGCCCAGGUGGCCGAGGUCUUUGGCCAAGCCGGCACCGUCGAGACCGUCGAGGUAAUCUAUGAUCGCGUCACCGACCGAAGCCGGGGCUUCGCCUUCGUCACCAUGGCCAGCGUGGAGGAAGCCAAUGAAGCCAUCCGGAUGUUCGACGGAUCUCAAGUGGGGGGCAGGAUAGUGAAGGUGAACUUUCCGGAGGUGCCGAGAGGAGGAGAGAGGGAGGUGAUGGGGCCGAGGAUGAGGAGCCGGGGGUACAUUGAUAGCCCUCACAAGAUAUAUGCUGGUAAUCUUGGAUGGACCGUCACCUCCGAGAAUCUGAGAAAUGCUUUUGCUGCGCAGCCUGGCUUUCUUAGUGCCAAGGUAAUCUUCGAGCGCGAUACCGGCAGGUCUAGGGGAUUCGGCUUCGUCUCCUUCGCAUCUGCCGAGGAGGCUCAGGCUGCCAUGGAAGCCAUGAAUGGAGUGGAGGUCGAAGGGCGGCCUUUACGAUUGAGUCCGGCAGUGGGGAAGCCGGCGGCCAGUCCUUUGCAGUACUCUGGAGUAGAGGCUGAUUCUCAAGAAGCUGAUGAGGCUUCUUUGGAGGAAUCUGAGAAAGAAGAAAGCUCAGUGCAGUCAAGCGUCAGCUACUGAAGAAUGGUUGGAUCGGUAGGGUUUCUAUGAUGCUUCAACGUAGUCCUACAAACUGAUGUGGUGAUUUGGAGGGUAUGGUGGUGUGUUAUGGAUGAAAAAAUUACAGAAUAUGAUGAACUUCUGAUAAAAAAAAUGGAAGGUCCAAUGUCCUGGUCAUUAUGCAUUGGAGAUAAUUUCAUAUUCAAAGGCCUCAGAAUGUUGGAAAUUAACUAGGAAAAUGUUUUUUACUUUCAAAUCUUAGUUGCGGUAUGGGUUAGGCAGUUUUGGUUCUGGGUUGGACAUGAAGAGACUGUAAUUUAAUUACUGUGGAUGCUCGCUGCUAAUCAAUAAAAAUAGUUCUUUUUCUCC